AUGGAUAAUUGUUCUCCUAUGACAAACAAUGGAACUGAUUCUAGUAUCGAUGAUGACUUGUCAAUUUGGAAGAAUGGUGUGUUGACUGCUGUACACGAAUUUAUCCCCACAAAACAUGUAAAUUCAAAAAGUUCACCUCCGCGGAUAACCCCAACCAUCUUGCAUCAAAUUCGUGAGAAAGUUAUCACUC